UAGUUUUUGUGACGUACACGUACAGCUGUACACACUAUUGUUGACAUGUACGAUUAUAUCUCCGUUAGCUCUGACAGUCCAAAUAGUGUACUUUCAAAACAUUACAGGUAGUUAGUUUAACUACUUUAAAAUAGUUAUUUGUAAGUCAACCUCGUGCAUUAUCAGGUACGAACAUGACAAUUCGGUAAAAGUGAUCCUUUUUUUUUUAUCAGCUACAAAUUUGUAUCUAACUUAUUCUCCUACUCAAAUGACAUAGCUGGCUAGUUAGCGAGGUAAUUUUGCAGUUUUGGCUAACGUUAUCUAUAAACAUGAGCAAUCUUGUAUUCUGGAGUCAAGGUAGCUCCGAAGUGGAUUGGUGCGAAGGAAAUUAUCUUAUUUACCCUGGAAUUGCGGAGUUCUACAAUACGAUCAGCAACAUACUGUUUUUUAUUUUGCCACCUAUUUUGAUGUGUCUGUUUCGACAAUAUGCUACACAUUUCAACAGUGGGAUUUAUCUGAUCUGGGCUUUGCUGGUUGUGGUUGGCAUUGGAUCCACUUACUUCCAUGCCACCCUUAGCUUCCUGGGCCAGAUGCUGGACGAGCUGGCCAUCCUGUGGGUGCUCAUGUGUGCCAUCGGCAUGUGGUUCCCAAAGAGAUACCUGCCCAAGAGCUUCCGCAGAAACAGGAUAAGGUUCAAAGUGGUCAUUGGUAUCCUCUCAGGAAUCACCACAGGGCUGGCGUUCGUCAAACCUGCCAUCAACGCCAUCUCUCUAAUGAGCCUGGGCAUCCCCUGCACAGCCUUGCUCAUAACCGAGAUCAAGAGGUGUGAGAACCUGCGUGUGUUUAAGCUGGGUCUGCUCACUGGGAUGUGGUGGACACUGGCACUGCUCUGCUGGAUCAGUGACAGGAUCUUCUGUGAUAUGUGGUCCUCUGUCAACUUCCCCUAUUUGCACUGUGCAUGGCACAUACUCAUCUGCCUGGCUUCCUACCUUGGGUGCGUGUGCUUUGCCUACUUCGACGCAGCCUCUGAGGCCCCAGAGCAGGGCCCCGUGGUCAAGUUCUGGCCCAGUGAAAAGUGGGCCUUCAUUGGGGUGCCCUACGUCACUCUUCUGUGUGUCCAGAAGAAGCACUCUGUCAAAGUGACAUAACCAGUGUACUGUCAGUCUUACCGAUGAACUAGCAUACUUAGAAUCAUUUUUUUUUAAACAAGAUAUGCAAAACUCACAGGGUUGUGGAAAGCUUUCACUGCCACAUUUCUUUAAAAUAAGCUUUCUAAGAAUUCUGAUAAUGGAUCUUUAGAGAGAUGGCAAUUUUUUUAUUUUUAACAGUGUUCAAUGAUAGGAAUAUCUUGGGAUCAAGUGUCCUGAUCAUUUCCUAGCUAUAUAAAACUCAAUGAUAAUCUAGAGGGAAGAACUACAUAGAUAAGGGUAACCUUACCCUAAUAGUUGCAGUCUCUCUCUCUCACUCCGUAUCCAGUUUUGUCACAUAAGUCAGCUAGCAUUAGUAUCAGUGCUGCUAGCUCCAGAUGAUCAAUUUUCACAAUUCACUAUCAACUCCCCAUGCACACCACAGUUUGUCAAAAAAUGAAGACAGGAUUGUAUUGAUCCCUAUUGACUGAAUUGUUCAAUGUCUCUGGAGUCAGUGAUUUUUAUAGUUUUAUCCAUGGCAUUGUUAUACUUACCUAUUUGACUUAUACGCAGAGUGUACAAAACAUUAAGAACACCUGCCCUUUCCAUGACAUAGACUGACCAGGUGAAAGCUAUGAUCACUUAUUGAUGUCACUUGUUAAAUCCACUUCAAUCAGUGUAGAUGAAAGGGUGGAGAGAGGUUAAAGAAGGAUUUUUAAGCCUUGAGACAAUUGAGACAUGGAUUGUGUAUGUAUUCCAUUCAGAGGGUGAAUGGGCAAAACAAAAUAUUUAAGUGCCUUUGAACGGGGUAUGGUAGUAGGUGCCAGGUGCACUGGUUUGUUUCAAGAACUGCAAUGAUGCUGUGUUUCACCCUCAACAGUUUCCCAUGUGUAUCAACAAUGGUCCACCGCCCAAAGGACAUCCAGCCAACUUGACACAACUGUGGGAAUCAUUGGAGUCAACAUGGGCCAGCAUUCCUGUGGAAUGCUUUCAACACCUUGUAGAGUCCAUGCCCCGACGAAUUGAGGCUGUUCUCGUGGCAAAAGGGAGGGUGCAACUCAAUAUUAGAAAGGUGUUCCUAAUGUUAGGAUACUCAGUGUAUAGUAAACAUAUAUCCUAUAUCAGGGUUUCCCAAACUCGGUCCUGGGCCCCACGGUGCACGUUUAGUUUUUUUGACCUAGCGCUACACAUCUGAUUCAAAUAACCAACUCAUCAUCAAGCUCUGAUUAUUUGAAUCAGCUGUGUAGUACUAAGGCAAAAACCAAAACAUGCACCCAGGGUGGGCCCCAGCACCGAGUUUGGGAAACCCUGGCCUAUCUUAUUAGUGUGUGUGUGUGUGUGUGUGUGUGUGUGUGUGUGUGUGUGUGUGUGUGUGUGUGUGUGUGUGUGUGCACGCAUAUAUAGGUAACAUAACCAUUACAUUUUCAGUGUUAUUUUAGCCAGUAUUAUUACUGUUAAAUGUUACAUUUCUUUUUUCAAGGGAAAUGUGCAGUAUCUAUAGUAUUCUAAAGUAUUUCAUCUCAGUGUUGUCUGGUUACUGUGAUAAGUUGCAUGCACCUAGUUAAAUGUUCACUGAAGAAGAGUUUAUGCAAGAAUUUGUGCUCCAAAAGUAUUUUGCAAGGUAGGCCAUUCUGAGAAGAGAAUAAAAUCAGUAUUAUCAUGUUUAGUAUGGGACAUGAAGUACUCUCCCUGACAACAGCCAUCAUAGGCGUUAUGGCAGUGGCCAAACACAUGCCAGUGCCAAUGUGGUGAAAAUAUGUUACUUUUCAGAAAGUGCCUUUUAUUUUCCUAAUAUAACAGAUUCAUCAUUUUGUAGGUUAAUAUAAUGUGUGUUUGUAAACAAAGAUGGAAGAAUUUCUCAUGACUUUUUACAUUUACAUUUUAUUUUGUGUAAUAAAACUGUUCAACAUUUACUAAA